AUGGAGCAGGAUACAGACGCUGUCAGUCGGUAUAUUGAGGAACAGGCCACAAGAUUCCGUACUUUUACAGGAGUACAGAGACCCCGGCCAGAUGCCAUCUUCCUCCUAGUGAUGGGGAUGACGGGUUCAGGGAAGAGUUCCUUCGUCGCCUCGUCUACCGGAAGAGAAGUGACGGUCGGACAUGGACUACAGUCGUGCACAUCCGAUAUUAAUAUAUUCGACUUUGAUUUUGAAGGCCGCCAGGUUUUCCUGAUCGAUACACCUGGCUUCAACGACACCAACAAGUCAGAUGCAGAGACGUUGGCCACCGUGUCAGCUUACCUGGGUACCUCUUAUGCGCAAAAUGUAUUCAUCCAUGGAAUACUCUAUCUCCAUCGCAUCACUGACAAUAGAGUGAGCGGCUCAGCCAAACGAAACUUUGAAAUGUUCAGGGCGCUCUGUGGCGAGGCUUCAUAUGGGAACGUGAGCCUUGUCACGACCAUGUGGACAGGUAGAGGGAGACACGAGCAGCUGCGACGAGAGGCUGAACUGCGUCGGGAUCCAAAUUUCUUCGGGUCGAUCAUUUCCGGGGGAGCGAGUCUGCUCAGGCAUGGAGAACACGGUACCGACCCGCAGCAGCUUCGGGAUUCUGCCCUCAGCAUCAUCAGGCAGCUAAUAGUUCAAUGUCGCCCUGGUCCGAUCGUUCUUCUGAUACAACACGAGCUUGUAGAAGAGAAGAAAAUCCUUGAUGACACCUCGGCGGGCAUCAUCGUGCAAGGCGACCUCCACCGCGCAUUUGCAGACUAUAGAACCGAACUGAAGAAUCUGCGGCAAGAGAUGAGCAGGACAGCUCAAGGUCGCAAGUCUUUUGGCUCCGGAGAAGCUCAGGAAAUGGCAGAACUCAAGGCCGAGUUCAAGCGAAAGCUGGGCGCAGUCGAACACGAACGCAAUGUUCUUGCCUCCAACUUGGCACGGUUGCAGGAACGAGAACAAAAUAUUCUCGUAUCGAAGCUGGAAGCCACAGAGAAAAGGUUCCAGUCGGAGCUUGAGGGAAAAGAAAGACACCUGCAGGAGCUACAGAGGUCCUUGCAAAUGGCAGAGGAGGUUGCUGCUAGCAAGAACCCACCCCAACAGACAGAACCUCGUUCCAAGCUGCAAAAAGAGGUUUUAGACACAGGUAAAAGGGUCAUGAGAGAAAGACAAAAAGUCUACAGGCUCAGAACUACUGUUCACGGUGUGAGAGAGGGUAUCCUGGAUGGAGUUUCGACAAGCCUGUCGUCCGCUGUUGUCGCUGGAGGUAAGAAGGCUCACGAUGAUCUUGACCAUCUGCGUACCCCUAUAAGCUACAUUCAGCUAACAUCGUGA